GCCUCUGCGUUCUUAUUUGCUGGUAACGACUAAUGCGGCUUCGCCGUCUUUCAAGUUGAGGUCUCCAAUUCUGACGCUGACCGGUCAUUUAAAAAUCUUAAACCACAGGAGGUCGUACGACUUUGCCCGACUAGAGCCGAAAUCACUAGAUCCUACCGGCCAGGGUUGCUCAGCAACCGUGCCUUACGUGCGUGAUUGGCUGGAGCCCUGAGCGCAAGCGGCCUUGCCCACGGCCUCGGCCCCUGGCGGUAAGAUAGCAGUUCCUCGCGCCGGAAUUAUCUGUGCAUUCAGCGUCUGUGAGACCUGCCGCAGCAAUCAUGAAGACAAGUCCUUCUGGUGAUUCAGACACCGCCGAAGUGUUGCCUCAGCAUAAGUUCAACUGCAGGUCCCUGGAGGCCUACCUCAACCAGCACUUGCCCGGCUUUGGGGCAGAGCCUGGGACCAAGCUGACCGUUGCCCAGUACAGGUCAGGAAAGUCCAAUCCAACCUUUUAUCUCCAGAAGGGUUUCCAAAAAUAUGUCCUCAGAAAGAAGCCACCUGGUUCACUUCUUCCUAAGGCACAUAAGAUUGAUAGAGAAUAUAAAGUCCAGAAAGCUUUGUUUGCGACUGGAUUCCCUGUUCCCAAGCCUUUGUUGUACUGCAGUGAUACUUCUGUCAUUGGAACAGAAUUUUAUGUGAUGGAACAUAUGCAGGGUCGAAUUUUUCGUGAUUUAACAAUUCCUGGAGUUAGCCCAGCAGAACGCUCAGCCUUAUACGUGGCCAUGAUAGAAACCUUGGCUCGCUUACAUUCUUUAAACAUACACGCACUGCAGCUGGGAGGAUACGGAGUUGGUGCUGGGUACUGCAAAAGGCAGGUAUCAACCUGGACAAAGCAAUAUGAAGCUACAGCUCACCAGGACAUCCCUGCCAUGAGCCAGCUCUCUGACUGGCUCAUGCAAAACUUGCCAGAAAAUGACAAUGAAGAAAAUUUGAUUCAUGGAGAUUUCAGACUGGAUAACAUAGUUUUCCACCCUAAAGAGUCUCGAGUUAUAGCUGUACUGGAUUGGGAGCUUUCAACCAUUGGUCAUCCUUUGUCAGACUUAGCUCAUGUCUCCCUGUUCUACUUUUGGCCAAGGACAGUUCCAAUGAUAAAUCACGGUUCUUAUUUUCAAGAAAACAUAGGAAUACCAUCAAUGGAAGAACUAAUUUUAACAUAUUGCCGCUGCAGGGAAAUUACUUGUACUCUUCCUAAUUGGAAUUUCUUUCUUGCCCUUUCAUGCUUUAAAAUGGCUGGAAUAUCACAGGGAAUAUAUAGUAGAUACCUUCUGGGGAAUAAUGCAUCUGACGAUAGCUUCCAGUUUGCCAGUAAUGUGCAGCCUCUGGCAGAAACUGGAUUGCAGCUCUCCAAAAGAUCUUUCAGAACUAUACUGCCACAGAAGGAGAAUACCCCAAAGUUGUUUGUACAGACUCGGAGAGGCCAGGAACUUCUUACUAGGGUGAGGCAUUUCAUGAAGCAGCACAUCUUUCCAGCUGAAAAGGAGGUAAUUGAGUUCUAUGUUCAAAAUGAAAAUUCAGUAGACAAGUGGAAAAAACCUUCAGUAAUUGAUAAACUCAAGGAAAUGGCCAAAGCAGAAGGUCUCUGGAACUUGUUUUUGCCUGCUGUGAGUGGUCUCAGCCAGGUGGACUAUGCCUUGAUUGCUGAAGAAACCGGAAAAUGCUUCUUUGCUCCAGCUGUCUUUAACUGCCAAGCACCAGACACAGGGAACAUGGAGUUACUCCACCUAUAUGGAAGUGAAAAGCAGAAGCAGCAGUGGCUUGAGCCUCUUCUUCAAGGGAGCAUUGCUUCCUGCUUCUGUAUGACAGAGCCCGAUGUAGCAUCCAGUGAUGCCACAAAUAUUGAAUGUAGCAUCCAACGAGAUGGAGAUAGCUAUGUAGUUAAUGGCAAGAAAUGGUGGAGCAGUGGAGCUGGGAAUCCAAAGUGCAAAAUUGCGAUCGUUUUGGGAAGGACUAAAAAUACCGCAGCAGCCAGACACAAAGAGCACAGCAUGAUUCUCGUCCCUCUCAGCACGCCUGGGGUAGAAGUGAGAAGGCCUCUGUCGGUUUUUGGCUACAUGGAUUAUUUUCAUGGAGGACAUUUUGAGAUCCAUUUUAACCAAGUGCGAGUGCCUGCCACCAAUUUAAUACUAGGUGAGGGAAGGGGAUUCGAAAUCGCCCAGGGCCGCCUUGGCCCUGGCAGGAUCCAUCACUGCAUGAGAACAGUGGGUCUGGCGGAGUGCGCUUUGCAGAUCAUGUGUGAGCGGGCAGCACAGAGGGUGGCCUUUCGGAAGAAACUGCAUUCCCACGAGGUUGUGGCUCACUGGAUUGCUGAAAGCCGCAUUGCCAUUGAAGAGAUCCGCCUGUUGACCCUGAAAGCCGCCCACAGCAUUGACACCCUCGGCAGCGCUGGCGCCAGGAAGGAGAUUGCAAUGAUUAAAGUGGCCGCCCCUCGGGCUGUCUGCAAAAUUGUUGACCGGGCCAUCCAAGUGUGUGGAGGUGCAGGUGUUUCCCAGGACUACCCUCUGGCUAACAUGUAUGCCGUAACGCGCACUCUGCGCUUAGCAGAUGGACCCGACGAAGUCCACCUCUCAGCCAUUGCCAGACUGGAGCUGGAGGACCAGGCCAGAGGCCCGAGGGCCAGGAUGUGAGGAGGCGACGCCCUGCGCCCCCGAGACGAGCGGCCGGGCUGCAGCACUGGGCUCACACAGCAGUUUGAGCACAGGGUUAACCACUCACUUUGGGGGAAGAUUUGAGCAUCUGUUUGAUCAGUGGGUUUUAAUUAAGUUACAUAAGAAAUUCUAGAGCUGCUGUCAUUCGCUCUAAUACCUAAGUGCUUAGCAUUUAGUUUUUAAACACUCAACUAGUAAAGAGAUAAUGAAGCAAAUUAGAGAGCUAAAGCAUAAAAAGCUUUUACUUUUUGAAUGUCAUGAAUUGUUCCUUAAACAUUAAAGGAAUAUUUACCCAUUACUUUGUAAAAACUAGAGUGGAGCUCCAUAACACUCGCUUGGGGCCUGGUUUAAUGCUUUGCAGUGAUGCUCGCAUCGGAGGAAGAGGCAUGAUUGAUGGGUUGUUUUACAACUCAUGCUCUUAGAAGCGUCUUCAUGACUCAGCCGGAAGCAUUUACACAUGAAAUCUGAUGCGGUUUAAAGUUCACUAGAAAAUGUGGCGUAUUAUGAGAGAGCGUAUUUGAGAAGAAUUUAAUUCCUUAGAAUAUGUUGAUGAGAGAGUGGACAAUGUAAGCAACAAGGAAGUUCUUUAACUUUGAGGUCACACACGGUCCGCCCCAGUGCUGUCUCCCAGUGACCCCACUGUGUGGAGAGCGGAUGCCCACCAGCCGCCUGUGACUCUUGGGCUUGGGGCUGGGUAGUGCAUCUGAGGAAGUGAGGGUUUUAUUUUUUUUUUAAAUGUUGAUUUAAAUUGAUUCUCAACUCAGUAACUGGAAAGCUUUUAAGUAUGCUUGGAAUAACUUGGGUAUGUGAAUUGUCUUUUUCAGAUGUCAAUUUUAUGAAAUCUAAAUACAGAGCAAGUAUUUUGAAUGAAAAUUUAGCAUUAAGAACUAGAGUGUAAAAGACACCAAAUUUUGAAGACUUAGUAUUAAAAAAAUAUUUUUAUUAACAUUUACUUUAAUGAUACAUUUAAAUAUUGAUUACAUGUUGAAAUGGUAAAAUUUGGAUACACUGAAUUAAAUAAAAUAUUUUUAAAUUAAUUUUACCUCUUGUUACCUUUUCAGUGUGGGAGCCAUUGGAAUAGUAACUGGUAAAUUUUUAAAUUUCAAAUGAAAGUAAUUUUAUUUCUAAAAACUAUAAAACUGUUUUAUUAGAAAGCUUACAUAUCACAUGAGUUUACUGAUGUCUCGAGAUUAUUUCAGUCAUCAUUUAAACAUCUUGGAGUGGGGGUGGGGGGCAGACCGUUGUCAGAGACUUGGAUUCCGCCCCCUACUGUGUCACAGGGACUUCCGAAGCAUUUGCCUUUGAGCCUUAACCUCUCGGCCCCCCAUUUCUAUUUCUGCACGUCCGAAUGAACGUUAAACCCCGAGGACCCUUCCCUGUUGAGGGUUUGUGUGACAAUCACUGAAGCCGCAGAGAUGCACCUCGGCAUCUGUGCAGCACAGUGAGGUGCUGUGGGGUAGCCUCACCGAACGGGGUAAAGCCUUAACCCAAACUAUUUCACCCUCUUGCUGGUUUCAAAAGUUGAGACCUGGAAGAAAUCAGGAUUGUUUCCGAACAAUUAGAAUUAAAGAUUAC